UUGACCAACUAACCAAAUCUAGACAACUCAGAAGUGCAUUCGCACCCAAUCACCACAGCGUUUGUCGAUUACGGUCGUCCGGCACAUUCCCUUUUCCCACUCUCUCUCUUCGCGUAAGCGCCGCUCAGACACAUUUCUUGCGCUGAGAGAGAGAGAGAGAGAGAUCCUUGUAGAAAAAGGGGGGUUUGAAAGUUUGGUGCUCGAGGGCGUGUGUUGUAUGGUGUGGGUUCGGUGGCGAUGGCCGAGAUCCUUCACAAGCUACGGAAACUGGAUGCCUACCCUAAAGUCAAUGAGGAUUUCUACAGCCGUACCUUCUCCGGUGGCGUUAUCACACUCGUGUCCUUCUCCUUCAUGUUCUUUCUCUUCUUCUCCGAGCUCAGAUUGUACCUCCACACUGUUUCUGAGACAAAGCUUGUAGUUGAUACUUCAAGAGGGGGAACCCUUCAUAUCGCUUUUGAUGUCACCUUUCCAGCUGUUCCAUGUUCAUUACUCAGUAUUGAUGCCAUGGAUAUAAGUGGAGAGCAACACCUUGAUAUCAGACAUGAUAUAUUCAAGAAAAGGAUUGAUGCUCAUGAUAAUGUAAUAGAAACUAGGCAGGAUGGGAUUGGCGCGCCAAAGAUUGAGAAGCCCUUACAGAAACAUGGUGGCAGGCUUGAACAUAAUGAAGCAUAUUGUGGUUCUUGUUUUGGUGCAGAAACGUCUGAUGAGGAUUGUUGUAAUUCAUGUGAAGAAGUUCGUGAAGCAUAUAGGAAAAAAGGCUGGGCUAUAACAAAUAUGGAUCUGAUAGACCAGUGCAAACGAGAAGGUUAUAUUGAAAAGAUCAAGAAUGAGGAAGGUGAAGGAUGUAAUAUUCAUGGAUCAAUUGAAGUUAAUAAAGUUGCUGGAAAGUUUGAUUUUGCACUUGGGAAAAGCUUUCAGCAUGCAGUUGUUCAGGGACACGAUUUGCUUGGUUUCCAACAGGGUAGUUAUAAUAUCAGUCACAGGAUCAACAAAUUAGCUUUUGGUGACUACUUUCCUGGCUUGGUAAAUCCCCUUGAUGGGGUGCAAUGGGUACAUGAAACACCAAAUGGUAUGCACCAAUAUUUCAUCAAGGUGGUCCCUACUAUAUACACUGACAUUCGAGGUCGUACCAUCCAGUCAAAUCAGUAUUCUGUGACAGAGCAUUUUAGGAGUUCCGAAUCGGGUCACUUUUUUCAGUCUCUUCCUGGAAUUUUCUUCUUUUAUGACAUUUCUCCCGUUAAGGUGACUUUCAAGGAGGAGCAUGUUCCUUUUUUACACUUUUUGACCAACAUUUCUGCAAUAAUUGGAGGUAUUUUCACAGUUGCGGGAAUAAUAGAUUCAUUCAUCUAUCACAGUCAAAAAGUAAUCAAGAAAAAAAUGUAAACUGGCAAAUAUAUAGCCUGAUAUUGUCGCCAUUCUGCACGUGUUGCUCCAAUAUUCUGGUUGGUUUUCUGCAGGAGAAAAUUGUGGGGUAGGGAAAUCGUUGAAAUCAUUUUCUUAUGAGGAUUAUUAAUUGAUGUUGUAAUUAUAUAUUAAAUUCAUGUGACUUAUUUCUUCACGGAAUGAAUUGUGUCAAAAUUCUUUUUUCAUUUUGUCAAA